AUGGAGGCAUUUUGGCAAGCCCUGGCCAAAUCGGCAUUGGAUAACACAGUAAACCUCUCAAACCAAGCCUUUUUUCCUCCACAAAACUCGACUUUAAACGUUUCGAAUUCGGGUUUUGCUUCAGACAACUCGAUAUGGUCAACUUCAUCAAAUUCGUCAGAGAUUGAAGCCAUCGAUUGUAAUGGACCUCCUAAGAGUCCGGCUAGUUCAAGUAGGUUUGGUUUUUAUAAAAAGUUUUUAAAAGUCAUAAAAAUAAUUUUUUUUUGGAAUUUUGAGGCUAGAAGGUUUGAAGGUGAGGAUAAUAAGAUAAAAAAAGGUUUUUUUUUUACUUUUAAAACUGAUUUAUAUUAGAUUUUUUAAAUAAUUCUGUGCCUCUUAAACUCAAAAAUUUGUUUUGGCACAGAAUUUGUUGAACAAUUUACUAAAAAUUUUAAAUUUUACACGGUGGUCUACUUUAAAUUUAAAAAUUAACGUAAAAUCUUUAUAGCCAAAAAAAAUUUAUUGUCACUGCGCAGUAAAACUCCUGUAUAACAAAUUCUUUUAUAACAAAAACCUCAUAACGAACAAAUUUUAAAUCUUCGACCAAACACUACAUAGUGCUUUUGAAACAGUUGCAUAACCUAACUCUUCUAUAACGAUAACCUCAUAUAACAAACAAAUUUGAAGAUUCUCAAUUUGUUAUACAGGGGCUUUACUAUAAUUUAUAUAACUUACACAUUCAAAAAACAAUUUUUUUUAAUUAAUCAUUAAAGUUUAGUUUUAUGUAAAAAGCUUUAAUAAGUAAAACCAGUAGAAUAAAAUAAUAUUUUUAAUAUUAGGUUGUUCACAUAAUUCUGCGCCCCUAUUCCUCACAAAUUUGCUUCGAGAAGAGGCGCAGAAUUAAGUGAACAACCUAACAUUUUAAAAUUUAAAACAUUUUUAUAAUUUCAGUUCAAGACUGCGAAAGCCUGGCAAGUAAGCGUCGUCGGACAAGAACUAACUUCACAGCCUGGCAGUUGGAAGAGCUUGAGAAUGCUUUUGAAGCCAGUCAUUACCCAGAUGUGUUCAUGAGGGAAGCUUUGGCCGUUAGACUGGAUUUGUUGGAAAGUAGAGUUCAGGUAAGUUUUUGAAAUUUUGACUUUCCGUUCAAAUUUUUGAAAAAAGUAAAAAUAUUAUUUGGUUGUUCAAAUAAUUAUGGGCCCCUUAACUUUAAAAACUUGCUUUGAAAGGGGGGGGGGGGGGCUCAGAAUUAUUUUAACAACUUAAUAAAAAUUUUAAAAAAAUUUAAAGGAGACAAAAAAACUUGCUUAAAAAAUUACAGUAACCUCUUUAAGUUUUUAUCCAAAAAUCCGGUAGCUGGAAACUAAUUCUUUGUCCCAGUAAUAUAUGCAAAUAACUUUUUUUAAUUCGCAACAAUGAAAUUCGAAUAGUUUUGUUCCAAGUUCGAAAUUCAAUCGCAUGAAAAAGGAAUUCGUUUGGCGCUCAAAACUUUGUGCCUAAUUUGCAUAAAAAGAUGGGUAAAAAACGUCUGACCAACCGAAUUUUUAAUUUUUAAAGGGGUUUUGUAAACAAAGUUUUUGUUUUAAAAUAUUUUAAAAAUUUAAGUUUUAUCUGUCGUUUGCUCUAUGUAGCCUUAUCUUUGUUUUAUCCUUGUCUUAUACUUUCCUUACCCUUUCCUUGACUUUGCUUUAUGCUUGCUUUACCCGUGCCUUACUCAUGUCUUAUCUUUGCCUUAUACUUGCUCUACUAUUGCUUUAUACUUGCGUUACCCUUGUUAUGUAAAUGCCCUACUUUUGUCAUUCUUUGUCAUAUCAUUGCCUUAUACUUGCACUACCCUUGCUUGUUUUACCCAUGUUACACCUUUGCCCAACCCUUGCUCAACUCUUGCUUUAUACUUGCCUAACCCUUGCCUUAAACCUGCUCUACUCCUGCUUUGUACUUUUAUUACCCUUCCCUUAUACAUUCCCUAUCCUAUUCCUAUAGUUGACUCUUUUUUACCUCUUUUGCUGUAUCUUUACCUUAUAUUUGUCUUAUAUUGCACUACUUUUGCUCUAUCUAAGCUCUAUUUUUGCUCCAUUCUUGUCCUAAUGUUGUUCUAUUUUUGCUCUACUCUUUCUUUAAUUUUUCCUUACUUUUGCUUUUGUUUUUUUUUUAAUUUAGCACAAAUUCUGCAGACCUUAAACUUUAAAGAUAAUAAUGAAAACAUAGAGCCUUUUAUGCAAAUUUAAAUUUUUACAAUUCCAGGUUUGGUUCCAAAACCGACGUGCCAAAUGGCGUAAACGUGAUCGUUGUCCACGCGCCGACUCCACCGAAUGCACGUUGGACACGAAGCCCGACUCGAUCCAAGAGCCGGCUGUCUCCAGCACGAAGCCCUCGUUCUCGGUCGAAACCCUAUUGGCUGCUUCGAAAGUGCCGCGAGGCCGACGGCCCAACGCCAAAUACCCGCGAGUACAGGCGUGCAAGAGUGUGUCGCCGUUUCUUUUGCCACUGUUCCAGAUGAGCCAGCCGACUGGUGCUACGCUCAAAUUCGACAAUGGUACUCAAUAA